AAAGCCACGUCUGAAUGCCGCUCAUUGUAUGCGGAGCCGGCGCCGCAGCCUCACCCUCCUGCCGCCUCCGGGCUAGCUGCGACCUCUAAUCGCCCGCCGACAGAUACUGAGCUUUUCUCAUCAUUGUGGAUCCAUAACACGGUAAUCUGGGAUUCUCCAUCAUUUAUCCAGAACCCAAUCUGUAAUUUGUAAAACUGCUAAAGCUUAAUUCCAUCAAACUGAUGCUUUAAAAAGCGGCGAUCAUCUUCUCUCCAUCAUUCCAGUCAUAUUCAGCUUCACCCAGGAUGCUGAGGCUCCGCCUUUCCAAUGCCACAGUUGCAGUUAUCUUGGCAAUUCAGACAGGAUUCCUAGUCUUUCUAUAUACUCAACAAGGUGGCUUCAUUCCUCAGUCUAUGGAAAAACCCGCCCAGGUGCACAUCCUCAUCCUUUCCUCUUGGAGAUCAGGCUCUUCCUUUGUGGGGCAACUCUUCAGUCAGCAUCCCAAUGUCUUCUAUCUAAUGGAACCAGCCUGGCAUGUAUGGGCAACCAUGUACCAAAACAGCGCCACGGUCUUGCACAUGGCAGUGCGGGAUCUCAUCCGGUCUGUCUUCAAGUGUGACAUGUCAGUGUUUGACGCCUACAUGCCCUGGAAGAGAAACAGAAAUUUGUCUGAUCUGUUCCAGUGGGCUGUGAGCCGGGCAUUAUGCACAGCGCCUGCUUGUAAAUUCUUUCAACGGACUGAUAUUACUGGGGAAAGUGCUUGCAAAACUCUCUGCGGCAAGUAUCCUUUCAGUAAAGCGGAAGAGGCCUGCAAAACCUAUAGCCACGUUGUCCUAAAGGAAGUCCGUUUCUUUGACCUCAAAGUCCUCUAUCCACUCCUUGCUGACCCCUCUCUGAACCUCAAAAUCAUACAUCUGGUCCGUGACCCAAGGGCUGUCCUGAAGUCUCGGGAACAGUCUGUCAAAGCCCUUGCCCGUGACAAUGGAAUAAUUCUGGGCAUAAAUAGCAGCAGAGUGGAUGAUGGUGGCUUUAAAGUCCUGCAGAAAAUUUGUAGAAGCCACGUUCAGAUCUAUGAAACAGCUAGUCAGAAGCCUCCAUUAUUUUUAAAAGAUCGUUAUUUAUUGAUCCGAUAUGAAGACAUCGUACGGGAUCCUUUAAUGGAAAUUACUGCAAUGUAUACAUUUACAGAUCUUCCAUCGACCCAGAAACUUGAGAAUUGGAUCUAUAAUAUUACACACGGACAAGGACCGAGUAAGAAGAAAGAAGCUUUCCAGAUCACUUCUCGAGACGCGCUCAAUGUUUCCCAGGCAUGGAGAAAUGUUCUUUCAUUCCAGAAAGUCCAAAAAGUACAAGAAGUUUGUAGAGGUGCUUUAAAUAUACUCGGUUAUCAAUUUGUAAAUUCUGAGAAAGAGCAGAAAGAUUUGUCUUUAGAUCUAAUAUUACCAAAUCGGAGAAGCCAAUUUCACUGGGCAUUGUUUCGUGAAAACUAAUUCAAAUAUUCCUUUGUUCAUUUAUCAAAUACCGUGAAAAGAUUUGUUGGUUUCAAUACAUCUGAGUUCUAUCAAACCAAGGAAUUGUAUAUUUUGUUGCUUUUUCAAAUUAAUAAUGCAUAACUUCCAGACUAGUUUUCAUCUGUGUAUGGUUAUAAUUUUUAUAUGCUACCAAAUGCCUCCUCGCUUUUUGUUUUUCUAAGCGUUCUUUCAUAUACAGGACUGUAAUAUUACUGAUAAAGAAUCAUGCUUGGUUGGAGGGGUUGAGAAUUUGUCGCUCUGAAAUGUUAAUGCACUCAAACUUCUACACGCCCCAUAGAAUAACAGGAAUAGAAAUCCAGCGAUUGGAAGGAUUUAUUUCAUUAUAUACUAUAUUUUUACAAACUGUAUUUCCUUUAUUUGUGUCCCCAACAUGCCACAGCUCUAAAAUUGUCUCUGCAUUUAUUAUACUCCUAUUUUUUUGAAUAUGGGCAUCCCUGAUUAUUUUUAAUAGUGAGGAUUAGUCCCUAAGGAAAAUUAAAUAGAAAAUGUAAUUGUUUUGCUAUAUAGUUGGAAAUCAAUAUUCUUGGGCAUCUUUUUAUCAUAUUGAAAGUAGCACUAUCC